AUGGCCGCCUUCCUGCGCGCCGCCAAGGGCCUGGGCCAGGCCGCGCGCGCCAUGGGGAGGGCGAUGAGCAUCGCUGCCGUGCCCGAGAGGAAGGUGGCGAUCCUGGGAGCCGCGGGCGGCAUCGGCCAGCCGCUUGCGCUGCUGAUGAAGAUGAACCCCGCAUGCACGGAGCUGGCGCUGUAUGACAUUGCCAACAUGCCCGGCGUGGCGGCGGACGUCAGCCAUGUCAACACCAGGGCGCAAGUCAAGGCCUACUCGGGAGACGAGCUGAAGGAGUGCCUCAGCGGGGCGGACGUCGUGGUCAUUCCCGCCGGAGUGCCUAGGAAGCCGGGGAUGACCAGGCAAGACCUGUUCAAAGUCAACGCCGGCAUCGUGAAGAGCUUGGUUGAAGAGAUCGCGAAGACCUGCCCGACGGCAUGCAUCAACAUGAUAUCAAAUCCUGUGAACUCAACGGUCCCCAUAGCUGCUGAAAUACUGAAGAGGCACAAUGUCUAUGACAAACGGAAGCUGAUGGGUGUUACAACUCUUGACGUGGUCCGAGCCAAAACCUUCUAUGCUGAGCGGAUGGGUCUGAACAUAGGCGAAGUCGAUGUGCCUGUUGUGGGAGGCCAUGCAGGCAUCACCAUAUUGCCACUCUGGUCUCAGGCAACACCUUCGAGUGAGAUAUUGAAAGAUGACGUAGAACAGCUCACAAAGAGGACACAGGAUGGAGGCACUGAGGUGGUGCAGGCAAAGGCUGGCAAGGGUUCAGCAACCUUGUCCAUGGCCUAUGCAGGCGCGCUUUUUGCAGAUGCCUGUUUGAGAGGUCUGAAUGGGCAGAAGAGUGUGAUUGAAUGUUCUUACGUGGAAUCCACGGCUUGUCCUGGUGUGGAUUACUUCUCGACGAAGGUCAGACUGGGAGCCAAUGGUGUCGAGGAGAUUUACCCGAUUGGUGAUAUCAACGAAUACGAGAAAGAGGCCCUGGAUUCCAUGGUGCCAGAAUUGAAUGCGUCCAUUGAGACUGGCGUCAAGUUCGCAGCGGAGAACAAGUAG